GUGGCGGAUGUUGUCCCGGCGUAUGUAAGACGCAAUUCCCAAAUACCGAGACUCUUGCGACUUACAUAAGAAAUGAAGCGGAGCUUAAAACUGCCAUUGGGAAAGCGAAAAUGAUGGGCGACCUGCUACUCGUACGGUUGCUGCUACUGAUGCUUUCAACAACUGCCGUGUAUGGGCAGUGUAAUGAAGCUCUUGGACUUGAAAGUGGCAUCGUAGAGGAUAGCCAAAUAACAGCCUCAUCUUCUCCGUAUGUACACCGCCCGCCGUCUACAGCAAGACUUCGUGGUCAAUAUGGAUGGGUUCCUCGGUCCACAAAAGAUUACUUGAAAAUUGACUUCCUGGACUAUAGGAAGAUAACUGGACUCUCUGUACAGGGAGCCCUCCGCAGAGCGAUAAAAGCGUUGUCGCUUUUCUACAGCUUGGAUGGACUUGUGUGGGAAACAUACAAAGAUAACCAUGGCAACGAAUAUAUUGACGUUUCAUCCGAAUCCUGGUUCGAUGUUGUCAGAACAGAUCUGGAUUCGCCAGUUAAAGCGAGAUAUGUUGCCAUCAGCUCGAGAUCCGCCUACUCUGGUGUACGCCUUGAGGUUUAUGGCUGCAACACCUCUGUUGACCAGGGAGACCCUACAGUGAUAAACAGCGAUAUAAGGGGUAACACUAUAUGGACAACAAGUGGGAGUCCAUACGUUCUCAAUGUCCAGGUCACUGUUCGCCCUUCUACUCAUCUACAAAUUCAGCCUGGAGUCAUGGUUAUUUUCAAUGCAACCGAUGCUGGUAUCCUCAUUCGUGGUUCACUGACUGCGGCUGGGAUUCUAGGCCUGCCCAUAUCGUUCUGGUCCAGUGAUGUUCCUACUGCAGCACAAACUCUUUGGCAAGGUCUUAGAACAGAACAAACAGGUGUAUUUUCCUGCGACUUUUGCACAAUAAGACAUGCCAAAGUGGGUGUAAUGGGGCCCCCCGACUCUAUGUCCCUCAACAACACAAAAGUUUACUUAAACUCAAAUGGCAUUAUUUUAACAAAUGGAGGUUCUGGAACAAAAUCAUUUCACCGGCUUCAAAUAUCACAAAGUUUGAAUAGUGGUUUAAUCGUAUCUAGUGAUUGGGUAUCUCGAAGUGGACUUUUCUUUGAGGGGUGUACUUUUCAACAAAAUGGCAAAAAUGCAUUGUUGCUUUCAAGCCCGUGUGACGUAGAGUUGGUUCGAUGUAACGUUAGAUCCAAUGGAGAUUCAGGAAUAGCCUCCGGAGAUGAAGGUUUUAGGUUGACCGUCAUCGAGAGUAACAUUACGGGGAAUUCACAGUUUGGCUUAAAACUGUCACACUCUGGCUAUGUGAACAUAGAAUCAUCUCGUGUUGACGACAACAGAGUAGGACUAACGAGAAGUAAUGCUGGGAUAACGUUACUUCAAAAUUCAAAAUUUAGAUUCAAUUCAAAUGAAGGAAUUAACAUUGAUCAAAGGUUAAACGGAAUCCUCAAUAUCUCUUCAUGUAUUUUUGAACGCAACAAGCAUGGCCUUCAUGUGGAUGCCUGGCUCAACAGAGUCAAUAGUCUUGUGAGAAUUACGGACUGUGAAUUCACAAAGAAUACCUACGCAGGUGUAUAUGUAAAGUCUGAUACGUACAGGCACACUUUUAACAUAUCGCUCACUUACAACAAAUUUCAAGGUGAUGUAACCAAUAGCAAAGCCUAUGCAAUAUAUGUCUCUCUUGAAGAUUUACUCCGAAGCAGGUUUGCUUCUGUAAAUAUCAUAGGCAACAACAUGACAUGUUUUGGAGAUUCCAGCGAUAUAAUUGCGUAUGAAGGUAAUACAUAUUCGAACUAUGCAAAGAUACCUAUCAACGUCUCUGAAAAUAGUUUUGAAGAUUCCUUUGGGAGCUACGCAUUGUACCUAUAUGCUGAUGGAGCUGCCAUUGCGCACAAUGUAUUUAGAAAUAGUUCACGUGUAGGUUCUUUGAAACUGACGGGAUCAAACAGCAGAAUAUACAGAAAUGUAUUUGAAACUCCAAACUCAACAUAUGACCUAAUUACAUUCGCGCUUUAUGAUGAUCAAACUGUCGUUGAUGCCAGUCGAAACUACUGGGGUAUCACAGACAAAAGGGGAAUCCGUUCACGGAUAUACGAUGUGUAUUAUAACAUCAGCAGAGCUGAGAUACAGAUUGACCCAUACUUCACAUCCAAGUCGAUGGAGAUGACUUCAAGUGGGACGACCAUCUUCACCGACGACGACCCCUCUGACGUUGGAGGCGUGCUGCAGGGUGAUGUUCUUCUUCAUCCAGAUCAGAGCCUGGUGGUGAAGAGAACUAUUGUAGUACCUGAAGGAAACACGCUGACCAUCAUGCCAAAUGUCACACUUUCAUUCCAUGGAGCCCAAGGUGUCAUAGUUAAAGGUUCACUGAAAAUUAAUGGAUCAUCAACUGGACUUGUGAUUUUACAAAAUGGCACCAAAAGCAGAUGGGGAGGUGUGAUGCUCACGAGUAGCAAUCUGGAAAUAACCCAUGGAGUACUGAAAGCAGCAAGAACAAUUGCAGGCGACCGAAAUACAAACUGUUCCAUGUACCUGGCAUUUUCCCUCUCACAUAGCUCUGUUGAAAUUGAUACUCUAACCUUACGAUCUCACCGCUUCAAUGUAACAAUAUCAAAGUCUCAGUUAGUUACAUCAAAGAAUGAUAUAACGUUGUCAACGUGUCCAGGGGCGUCAACAAAGAAUGAAUAUGGAAAUAUUUUAUUGGAGGACUCUGAAUUCACCUCGAGGUCAGUAAAGAUUUUCACCACAAAAAAUGAAGCGGCCCCACAUGCUUUCAGGGCAACUGGUUCUGUUUUUCAUACAGGUGGUAUAUUAUGUGAAUCAGCACAAACAUUGACCACUGUAAUGUUUCUGAACAACACGUUCAACGUAGAAGAGGGGCGCGUAUUCAUGAUAAAAGGUCAAUAUUUAGAUGUUGAAGUGGUUAAUAAUUCCUUUUAUGCUCCAUCAGGAACUGCUAAUAUAGAUCUUAGCGGCGAUGCUCUCAACAGGGUUUUUAUAAGGGAAAACAAUUUUAAUGUUGGGAAUAUGGAACUAAAAUCUCAACAAACUCUCAAUGAGAAGAUGAAUAUAACCAUGAACGUGUUCAGGUUUUGUCUGCUUAUUUUGAAAACGCCCGAUGUUAUUAUUAGACACAAUGUGUUUGAAACCAAUUUAGUCUACUUUAUAAAAUUCGCCAGUAAGGAUUUCAGAAAUACCAUAAUCAACGCAAGCAAGAACUAUUGGGGAAAGGACAAAUUUUCAGAAAUCAAAGUAAAGAUAUAUGACAAGUCUAACGAUGUGGCCUUACCUGAAAUAUCCAUCAUGCCAUUCUUCAAAGAUAGAGAAAUGCUAGAACUUAUGGAGACUACACCUUUUCUCGACUCAAACGGAACAUUAGGUGGUGCUGUUGAUGGAACCUUUACACUAACCAGAGCACAAAGUCCAUACACUGUCCUGAGUAACAUUAUUGUUGGCAGAGAAGACACUCUGAUAAUAGAUGCUGGCGUACAACUUCUGUUUGAAGACAGCGUUGGAAUGCGAGUUGAAGGGAAUCUCUAUGUUAGAGGAUCGAGAGAUAUGCCUGUUCGAUUCCACCCGGCCAACGCAGGUAUACCCUGGGAGGGAGUGAAAGUGACAGGACAACUACGGAUCGUACGGUUUGCUGGUGGUACUGAUGAGCGCGAAGGAAGAGUCGAGGUUCUGGUUGGAAGUGCAUACAGCACCAUCUGUGAUGAUGACUUUGAUAUCCGUGAUGCUAAUGUGGUUUGCAGAAUGGCAGGCUUUGAUCCUGAAGGUGGUGUGAAGUAUUAUGAUCGAUCAAAAUUUGGAGGUGGUUCAGGGGAAAUCAAAUAUACAAAGUUACACUGUGUUGGCAACGAAUCACAUGUUGACGAGUGUAUCAACAAAAGAACGGGAUGUUAUCAUUCCGAAGAUAUCAGCGUCAGAUGCUUAGGGAAUUAUCUCAAAGCUCCCACCCCUGAUACCCAGCUUGAAUAUCUAGAGAUUAAUGACACACUUGAAGGAUUAGUUUUAGUCGGGAAUAUUACUAAAAUAUCAAAUGUGAAGUCCUUCUUCUCAAAGGCCAGUGGCUUUACUCUCUCCGAGUAUGGGACAUCCCUGCCCAUCUUGGAGGGCAUAGAAUCAUCUUUCAAUGGUUUGCAUGGUAUUACUGUACGCGGCAUAAAUAAACACACCAGACUGACUGUGGUUGGUUGUGUGCUAUCUGGAAAUGGAAAGUAUGGGCUAUAUUUAUCAGCAUAUGGCCUCGUAACGCUGAAUAACUGUACUGUUGCAGGGAAUCUAAUUGGGAUGGGUUCCGAAUUUUCCUUGUAUUUAGAUAUAGCCCUAACAAACAGUGUUGUGAAAUAUAACAAAAGGUAUGCUAUAUAUCUAUCUUCUGGGAGAAGCGGCGACCAGGGAGAAGUGCGACUGAGUGUCCUGAGAAGCAGUUUGAUAGAACAUGACACACGAUACAAAAAAUAUAAAUGGGAGACACGUUUUCACUUCAGAAGCGUUAUCUAUAUAGGGGGAUUUUCCAUCACAUCUGGAAGCUUACUAUUUGAAGAAAAUGUAUUUAAUGGCAACAUGGCAGAUGUAUUUGAAUUCGACUAUUCCCUUAUCAAAGCACGAAUGUCAUUGUUCAUUGCUAACAAUACCUAUAUUAAUAACACAGGCCAGAUUCUCCGUAUAAAAUUUAACAGUCGCGAAGGAAAUAAUGUAAAUAUAACAACAAAUAAAUUCAACAAUAACAAAGCCUUUAAAAGUAGUGCUCCUGUGAUAGGAAUAACUGAUAUAGAAGCCAGUUCAGUGAUAGACAUCUCUGGAAACAUGUUCAUGAACAAUAGUGCCUCUAGUAUAAUUCAUAUGCCAAAAGAUGACAGUACAUUUUCAAACAUUAAAAUCCAUAACAAUUCAAUGGUUCACAACCAAGUUACCAAUGUACUUCUUAUUGAAAUAUACGAAACAGAGAUUCAAAACAAUUCCUUCUUCAAUCCAAAUGCAUUGUGUGAGCUUAAGGUGGCCCCAUUCAAGAAAGAUCGCGAGCAUGAUGCCAGAUGGAACUUUUGGGGAUUCACUGAACUCUCACAAAUCAAGGACAGAAUAUGUGGAUUUGACGUCAAUAUGGAGUUAGGAUUUGUGUCGUACAUACCUUAUUUAUUAUCUAAUACAACCAUGUCUGAGGCCAGAGUGCGGCCGACUGAUUUCUUUGAGAUGGGAGCAGUUGGUGGGGUUGUGGAGGAAGAGAUAAUUCUGGACGGACAGUCCGAACCAUACAUCAUAGAGAGGUCAAUAAGGAUCAGAAGAGGAGGAAAACUUGCUAUUCACGCUGGAGUUAAGCUACUCUUCAUGAAAAAGAGAGGCAUUUAUGCCUCUGGAUCUGUAGAGACCCUAUCAUCCAGUCCAGAGAGAAUUGUCCUCAGGAAUCAUACUGAUGACCCCUGGCAUGGAAUCGUUUUCGCUCACACAUCAGGGAUCAUUUUACGAAAUGUCAAUAUAACUGGAUCACUUAACGGCUUGGUGACCUAUACAGACAACAUGACACUGUCUGACUGCAGUAUCGCUCACACAGGGAGAUCUGGGAUGACGAUUGGGUCUGGUGUAACAAUGGUGAACCUGGGGCGAACUGCUAUUAUUAAAAGUAAAAGCUAUGGUAUCACGAUCCACUCAAAUGCAUUACUGUUACGUAAUGGAUUUGUGCACAACAAUGCCUUGAGCGGAAUUUACCAUAAUGGCGAAACAGGAAGUAUUUUCCUGGAGGAAAUGGACAUAUCCAACAAUGGGGAAUAUGGUGUUUACGUGAACAUGGACUCUUUCAGUGGAAAUCACCAUAUUAGGCUAAGUAACAGCUUUCUUCGUGAUCAUAAUAACAAGCCUGCAAUUCGCCUGAUAUCAUCAAGAUACUAUAAAGGCUACUCAAACAUAACAGUGGGCGAUUGCAUCUUCGACAACAAUUAUGGAUCAGCUCAAAUUUCAGCGGUUGGAAAAGCUGCCCGGGAUGACAGAAAAAAAGUUAUUAUGAGUUCAAAUACGUUCAGAGGUCAUUCCACUGUUGCAAUUGUCACCACCGGUUUUAGUGAGGUAUUGGUUACGGACAACAAGGCAAACAAUGCCACGUCAUAUUCAAAAUGUUUAUUUGAAAUAGACUUGAAGAAGGGAUCAUGGAGCAGUCAAACUUUAGCAUUAUCAGUCAGAUCCAACCUAAUCAGUCAUGUAUCUGGUCUGUGCGCAUUUUCUUUAUCAGCGUUUAAAAUCUCAAGUGGAUCCUUCUUGUUUAACCAGAUAUCACAAUCAACUUUUACUGAAGGGACACUCAUUCUUCAUCUAGAAAAUUAUACAUUAUCUGAGAACAUUUUCGAUAAUCCAAGUUCUGACUAUGAGUUGAAAGUUACUAAACUGGGCAGUGGCUAUAUAAAUGCUACCUACAACUGGUGGGGGACGACUGACGAAGUUUUGGUCCAAGAUAAAAUUGUGGAACGAUCUGCUGAUCCAAGGCUCUUGAAUGUGAUACAUCUACCAAUAUCAGUAAACCAGGCAUUUGACUGUUCACAAGUGAGCAAUUGCAGUGGCAAAGGAGAAUGUGUUCGACCAAAUGGAUGUAGCUGUUUCAGUGGAUGGAAGGGGGCGGACUGUACUGAGUUUGACUGUUCAGACCUCAGUGAAUGUAAUGGUGGAAGGUGUGUCGGACCCAACCUCUGCGAGUGUGCUGAUGGAUGGACUGGGAACGCGUGUGCUGUUGCUACCUGCUACCUGACCAAUAACUGUUCUGGGAGAGGGUUCUGUGGAGAGCCGGAUAAAUGUACUUGUCUUUCCCAAUAUAGAGGAAAAUCAUGUGAGUCCUGUGCACCAAACACAUGGGGUCGAAACUGUGCACCAUGUCCUAAGUGUCUACAUGGCUCAUGUGAUACACAAACAGGAACCUGUAUUUGUGAGAGUUCUAAUUGGACUGGCAACCUCUGUGCCCAAUGCAGUGAAACAUUCUACGGACCAGAUUGCCUGCCUCUACCAACUGUACUGAGCGUGUCCCCUGAUGCAGGACCAGACGUGGGAGGAACGCCUGUCCAUAUAAGGGGACAUAACUUCAAGUUCUCAAACACCAGCAAUUACAAAUGCAAGUUUGGAGCAGCAACCGUAGCUGCAACGAGGAUUAGCCGACAACAUCUCACGUGUACUUCACCUAAACUAAGCCAAAGAACGGUACAUGUUGAGAUAAGUUCAGACGGAGUGCACUUCACAAGCAAUAAGGUUUCUUACACAUUUGUUGUGCAAUGUCCAACAACGGCUUGUGGCAGUACAGACAGUCCACCUCAUGGUCAAUGCCUGUUUGGACAAUGCACGUGUACUCUCCCUUGGACAGGAGAUUCAUGUUCGGUAGAGGCCGAACCGCCAGUUGUCAGUGCCAUAAAUGACUCACAGUUGACUGAGGGCCAGACCUACAAGCAAAUGAUGUCUCUUGUGCAGGGUAGCCAUACAAUUCGCUGGAAGUUGAUUUCAUCUCCGCUGGGAAUGACGAUCGAUCAGGACACUGGAAACAUUACUUGGAUCUCUGCCAAUGGUAGAUCUACUCCGUAUGUCAUCAAAGUUCGAGCACAGAAUAUUGUUGGGCACGACGAUGUCCAGUGGUUGUUGUCAAUUCCGCUGUCCUACAGUGCUGUUGUUGACAGUCUGACCCCCUCUGGGACUUUGGCAUACCCGACACAGAUCCUUAUAUCUGGACAUCUUGAUGUGUCUGGAAGCACCUGGAAUCUCACUUCAGCAGUAAUUAAAGUCCAGAUUAGAAAUAAAGAGCUUACACGUGACCUAGAGACCCAUGCUGAGGACACAUCACCUUUCCUGUUUGACGUCAUCUAUUAUCCCCAGCCAGACGACAGUGGCGAAUUCAGUGUGAGCGCACGUCAUCCGGCUGAUACCGAGUUUCUGGAGCAAAAGAAGUGGCGAGUCCAAAGCAUGAUCUGUGACCCUAAGGUUGUGUCACUUACAGCUUACCUUGACACGCCAACAGCCACAUUUCCUGCGGUUGCAAAUCUUACAAAUAAUGGCUUCGGCUCACUGGAUAACAUUUCUGCGACGAUUCAGAGUUAUUCCUACAGUGUUGAUUCUGCAUGGGUGUACUUCGGUGAACAACGCACAAGUAAUAUCACAGUGUUGCCUUCAUUGUCCAGUGUACCAUUUGAUAUCAUCAUUGAACAGAAGCUGCCCUUACAAACAGAGUUGUAUGUAGUGGUACGCAGUGUGCGGGGCACAAGGACAGUAUUAAGAGUGCAACUAAAUCUGAAAAUCCGACGACCCCUUCUCAAGUUAUCUCCAUCUAACAUCAAGAUAGCUGCUGCAAGAGGAAAACAAACAAUUAUUAACAUUAAUGUUACAAACACCGGUGAAGCAACAGCUAGAGAUGUCAAUGUUCAAAUUCCCAGUGGAUUACUUUUGAAAGUGGCAGCCAUAUCUAAACGACGUUCUUCUUCCUCUGAGAGGAUGGAUCUAGAACCAGGAGAAACAGCGACAGUGGUUUUGGUCUACACCGUGCCCAUGGACAGACAGCUAGGUGAAACGGAUGGUACCUUGUUGAUCAUCUCUAACGAUUCUUCGUCUACGCUGACAUUCACAUUCUAUAUAACUUCUGAUGACCGCCAUGACAUCCAGGUGAUUGUGGAGGAUGAGUACACCUACUUUGCAGCCGAUAAACCACUGUUAGCUGAGGCCGUGGUGACCCUGAAACAGCCACGGAGAAUGUUUAGCAAGACUUUCAUCACAAAUGAAACAGGCAUUUCAAACUUUGAUGGGAUCCAUGCAGACCGGUAUACACUGCAAGUUGAAGCAGCCAACCACACAUCAAAGUCUGUCAUCAUCGUUGUGGACGGCAGUACCUCGACAUACAGAGUCUUUUUACAACGUACAGCAGUAACAUACACGUGGUCUGUCACAAAGACAACCUUCGAGGACAAGUACACCAUUACACUAGAGUCAACAUUUGAAACAAGGGUUCCUAUGCCUGUUGUCACCGUAGAACCUGCUUCUGUCAACUUUAUUCCGUACGAAGAAGGACGGUUAACAAGAAUGGUGUUCACUCUGACCAACCAUGGCUUUAUUCGUGCAGACAAUGUGAGGUUUUCACUACCAAACCAUCCAACUUUACGCUUUGUGCAGGUUGUCGACCCGCUCGGAAAUUUGGAUGCGAACACGAGCAUAAUUGUUCCUAUCGAUGUGCUGCCAAAGAAGAUAAGCAAACGUUCCUCACCAACAGUGUGUGGUUUUAUCGUGCUCUAUGACUAUACGUGUGGAUCAGUAAGAACAAAUAGUGCGUCCGUGAGAUUAACACGACAGUAUCCAGGUCAGCCUCCUGCAUCAUGUGGUGGUAGGGGCCGCAGAAUAAGAGGACAAGUGUCUGGAGCAGGAGGUGGGUACCGUCUUCGUGGGUAUGUGGGCACCAAUGUACCCUGUGACUGUAUAAAGGGGCUCAUCGACAACUGCUAUAAACCACUUCUUCGACUCCCUUUUGAGCUGAUACCAGGAGUUGGGUGCUUAUUGGAUCUUUAUGACAUCUCUAAAAUCGACAAGUCAUCAUCUGCAGUCUCUGUUGCCACAACAGUAGCAAGUUAUGCACUAGAUUGUGGAUUUGGGCUUUCGUGUCCCGUCUGUCCCUUUCUUUUUAAAUAUCUCAACUGCCUUGACGGUCUCUCGCGAACUUGUAAGAGCAGUGGACGAAGGCGGCGAGAGGUCAACUCCGAGCUUGUGCUUGAAGUGGAGAGGUCCAGAAACUAUCUCAAGAACUUUGUUGAUGUUUCAGUUGAGAUAUUUGGUAAUCUCAGUGUUGUUGACAUUAAAGGCGAGUGGAAACAGGCCUUCUUUAAAGGAGUGUCCGAAAACAGCCCGUCACAGUACCUCCUGGAUUCCAGUGAGGUUGACAUCAUAUUACUUUUGGUGGUUGAAGACAAUCGAACUAUAUUAAAUACAUUUCUACAACGAUGGAACAACACAUUUUCUUCGUGGAUAGACGGAAUAUCAGGUCCGCCACAAUCAAAUGUUAUGUCACUGAAAGAUGUGAGGACCCUUGGAGACACCUUCAUUGAAAAUACAAGGACCGUUAAAGAGAGAGGAUUUUCAAGUGUUUUCCAAUAUUUUGGUUACACAAUGACAGAAUACAAGAAGAGUGUCCAAGAGGCAAAACCAGAAGAAGGAAUUUGCGCUAAAGUGCGAAUACGGAUUACACAGGACCUUGUCCUGACCAGGGAUGCUUUCCAGGCUCGAUUAGAAAUAGAAAAUGGCGAAGAAGGAUCUCUGGAAAAGAUUGACGUGGACAUUUUCAUAACUAGAACAGGGGGAAAUGGAUCUCUUAAAAAUAACCUUUUCUCUAUUGGUCAGCCAAAGUUAGAGGGGAUCAGUAACGUGUCUGGAACUGGAACAUUAGCCAACGGGGUCAAGGGUUCAGCUGACUGGUUGAUUGUAGCUUACACAGGUGCAGCUGUGGAUGAGGAUGUCAACUAUGAUGUUGGAGGAACUCUAUCAUAUUUUGUGGCUGACAAGGAAUUCAACGUCCCGCUUCUACCAGACACAAUAACUGUGACGCCAAAUCCAAGUCUAACACUUGCCUACUUCCAUGAAAAGUAUGUGCAAGGCGAUGACCCUAUGACGACCCAAGUGGAACCCGUGGUUCCGUUCCCCCUUGCAGUAAUGGUAACUAAUAAGGGUAAUGGGAUUGCACGACAGGUAAAAAUAUCCUCUGGGCAACCAGAAAUCAUAGAAAAUGAAAAAGGAUUGCUUGUGUCGUUUAAAAUCACCAGGGCACAACUAGGGAUGGAAUCCAUUCAACCAUCACUAACUGUUGACUUUGGUGACAUCGUCAGCCGCGAGACCAAAACAGCUCGAUGGUGGAUGACGUCAACACUUAAGGGCAGGUUUUACAACUAUUCGGCCACAUUUGAAAAUAUAAAUCCACUGGGUGAUUCCCAGCUGUCUGUGUUUGAAUCUAUAUCUUACCAUGACAUGAUUCAUCAGGUUAGAAUUGAUAGCAUAGGUGCAGAUGGCUUGGAUGAUUUUCUUGUCAAUGACGUUGUUGACAAGGACAAUCUUCCCGACAGACUCUAUGACAGCUCUAAUGGGUUUUAUUCAUAUCCAGUAGAUUCUGUAUCAGCAAUUGGAUUUUCUAAAACAAAGGAGGAGUUCAGAGGAAGGAAGAAAUAUAUGUAUGUUGAGAUCUUGGUUCCAAAAGUAAAUGAGUCGUGGGUAUAUGCUCGGGUCAUCAAUAACAUAACGCGAGAUUUGUCAUCAGAAUCACUGCUUAAAGUUACUAAAGAUGAUGGUAAGAAUAUACUUAUUCCUCAGAAUUCUUGGCUUACUUCUUAUUAUGAGAACACAUUUUACUUCCAUCUGUUUGCUAACAAUAACCACCAGUCUAACGUAUCUGUUUAUAAUGCUGUGUUUGGUCCGAAAAAUAUAUAUCCACCAGUAUUUCAAAAUAUACCACACACUUUAGAAAUAUCACCCCGUGAGCCAAACAGUGAUAUCCUGACCGCGAAAGCAACAGAUCUAGACAUGAAUAAUGUAUCAUACAGCAUUGAAAAUGGUAAAACAUUUUCUGUUGAUGGGCAAUCCGGGGUUGUUAGAAAUAUAGUUCCUCUAAUAGACGGGGACAGCUUCAACAUCACAAUUCUUGCAUUCGACAAUGGUAUUCCUAUUAAUUCAGCAAGUAAGAACAUAACCAUAACGGUAUCUACAUUAGUAUCUACAGAGAGCACACCUUCUAUCACCAUGACUAAAGAUAUAACAUCGAAAACAGGUCCUACUACGCCAUCAGCCCGUGUUUCUAACGACACAAGAGGCCUAACUUCUGCUUCACCCACACACAUUUCUCGUGAAGAAACAUCAUCAUUAUCAACAUCAAAACCAUUCACUACUGGCACAAAUAUUGCUUCCACACCAGACUCACCUGUGGCAGGGCGUGGUGUGAUUCCUGCCGCCAUGUCCUUGUUACUUGGAGCCUCGCUUUUGGCUUCAUUUUCAGUUCCUAUUUAAUUGUUAACUCAAUGUUGUCAUUCCAUGAACGUUUUGUUUUGCAUCGGUGAUUUUGAUAUUGUUAAUUAUCUGGGUACAUUUUGUCUUUUAUCUUCUUACUUAGGUGUGGAGUAUCUGUGUAGUAUUUUGUAUAUUCUGUGGGUACAUGCAUAGGUAAAAAACCGAGUAUGACUUUUUUUUAACGCUUAAGUUGACAGAAGCGCGCAGAAAUAAAUCACAACCACAGAGAUGUAGAACGGUUGACGUUGAAAGGUAUCGAACGUUCUGUGCAGUAUGAACUGAGUACAUGUGGGUACUAAUGGGCUAUAAAAUCAUAGGAUCUCCGUUCCGACAUAUGCUGAAACUUCCUCGUAACGUUCACACGCGACGUCAUCACGCUGAAGGUCCACAGCGGUGUAAUUUGAUCAUGUAAAUACUACUGGAGUAGGACAUUGUUUUACCCGUAUUCAUAUAUAUUAACUUGUUUCAUUCGUGUUUGAUUACCAAACGUAGUUACAGUUUCAUGUAUCAAUGUCAUUGUGAUUUAACCCACAUUUACAGCUGAAAGGUCCUUCCGUGUCUUGGUUUUUCAUUAUUCAAAUAUCCAUAACCAUGUUAUUUGAUACUGAAACGUUUCAGUAUGUAUUUUAUGUUGCACAUCUCAUAAUGUAUGAUGUGACGUUGGAUUUUGUAUUGAGACAAGAUACUUUUCAGCUUCAGCUGCAAAACCAGUUAUUUUCUUAUAACCAAAACUGACCUAGCAACAAUGUUAUCUCUGUGUUAUCUCUUUUUCUCAACAGGCUGAAACGUAAUAACUUCUAUUGUUUGAAGCAAUUUCUUGGACAUGUUUUUCCCAUAAAAUCCCAGCACCCACCCUCCUCCCGAAUACCAAAUGGUUGGUCCCUGACAGAUAACAAACAUACAUGAAUUUGUUCUCGUGCACUAUACCUUCGACAGGGUGUAAGUAAAGGUAGGGGCAUCAUUACAAUUCCCUUGAUUUCAACCAUAUCAGUCAUCAGUUGAUAUACGAAAUGAAAGCAGAAUAAAUUGUGGUUGACGAAGUUUAUUUUUCCUACCGAGUGGUCAUAAUAGAUGUUGGUUUAAGUUUUUGAAUGAGUGUUAUUGCUUCAUUUGCCUGAACUGGAUUUAAUAAACGAUUUGAUUUACCUUGCUGUUUAUGAAUAAAAUGUCACAACUUG